CCGGUACGUACCGGCGGCACCGGGGCGGGCGGGCGCACCGGGGCGGGCCGGGGGGGCUCCCGCGGGCCGCCGGUAGGUACCGGCAUCGGGGCGGGAGGCGGCACCGAGUCGGGGAGGGAAUGCCGCGACCCACUGGUUCCUGACCACCUUCCCUGGUUUUUGAUGCUGAAUCAGGAUUGUGUUAACUAAAGAUGGAAACACUGGAGUCAGAAUUGACCUGCCCAAUCUGUCUGGAGUUAUUCGAGGACCCCCUCCUGCUGCCCUGUGCCCACAGCCUCUGCUUCAGCUGUGCCCACCGCAUUCUGGUGUCCAGCUGCUCCUCCAGCGAGUCCAUCGAGCCCAUCACCGCCUUCCAGUGCCCGACCUGCCGCUAUGUCAUCUCCCUCAACCACCGGGGCCUGGAGGGCCUCAAGAGGAAUGUGACCCUGCAGAACAUCAUCGACCGCUUCCAGAAGGCGUCUCUGAGCGGCCCCAACUCCCCCAGCGAGAGCCGCCGCGAGAGGACCUACCGCCACAGCCCUACCAUGUCCGUGGCCGGCGAGAGGAUCGCCUGCCAGUUCUGCGAGCAGGAUCCGCCCCGCGACGCCGUCAAGACCUGCAUCACCUGCGAGGUGUCCUACUGCGACCGCUGCCUGCGGGCCACCCACCCCAACAAGAAGCCCUUCACCAGCCACCGGCUGGUGGAGCCCGUGCCCGACGCGCACUUCCGCGGACUGACGUGCCUGGAGCACGAGAACGAGAAGGUGAACAUGUACUGUGUCGCUGAUGACCAGCUCAUCUGUGCCUUAUGUAAACUGGUGGGCCGCCACCGCGACCACCAAGUGGCGUCGCUCAGCGAUCGCUUCGAGAAGCUGAAGCAAACCCUGGAGACAAAUCUCACCAACCUGGUUAAACGCAACAGCGAACUGGAAAACCAGAUGGCCAAGCUGAUACAGAUCUGCCAGCAAGUGGAGGUGAACACAGCCAUGCACGAGGCCAAGCUGAUGGAGGAGUGUGAUGAGCUGAUGGAGAUCAUCCGCCAGCGCAAGCAGGUCAUCGCUGUCAAGAUCAAGGAGACAAAGGUGAUGAAGCUGCGGAAGCUGGCCCAGCAGGUUGCCAACUGCCGGCAGUGCCUGGAGCGCUCCACAGUCCUCAUCAACCAGGCCGAGCACAUCCUGAAGGAGAAUGACCACGCACGGUUCCUGCAGACUGCCAGGAAUGUGGCCGAGAGGGUCGCCAUGGCAACUGCAUCCUCGCAAGUCCUGAUACCAGAUAUCAAUUUUAAUGAUGCCUUUGAAAACUUUGCUUUAGAUUUUUCCAGAGAGAAGAAGCUGCUGGAGGGGCUGGAUUAUCUAACAGCACCGAACCCACCGUCAGUCCGUGAGGAGCUCUGCACGGCCUCCCAUGACACCAUCACUGUGCACUGGAUGUCAGAGGACGAGUUCAGCGUCAGCUCCUAUGAGCUCCAGUACACCAUCUUCACUGGCCAGGCCAACUUCAUCAGUCUCUACAACUCCAUGGACAGCUGGAUGAUCGUCCCCAACAUCAAGCAGAACCACUACACGGUGCACGGGCUGCAGAGUGGCACCCGCUACAUCUUCCUGGUGAAGGCCAUCAACCAGGCGGGCAGCCGGAACAGCGAGCCUGCCCGCCUCAAGACCAACAGUCAGCCAUUCAAGCUGGACCCCAAGAUGGCUCACAAGAAGCUGAAGAUCUCCAAUGACGGGCUGCAGAUGGAGAAGGACGAGAGCUCCUUGAAGAAGAGCCACACGCCGGAGAGGUUCAGCGGGACAGGCUGCUACGGCGCGGCCGGCAACGUCUUCAUCGACAGCGGCUGCCACUACUGGGAGGUGGUGGUGGGAUCCUCCACCUGGUAUGCCAUCGGUGUGGCUUACAAGUCAGCCCCCAAAAACGAGUGGAUUGGGAAGAACUCCUCUUCUUGGGUCUUCUCCCGCUGCAACAACAACUUCGUUGUACGGCACAACAACAAGGAGAUGCUGGUGGAGGUGCACCCGCAGAUGAAGCGCCUCGGUGUCCUCCUGGACUAUGACAACAACGCGCUCUCCUUCUACGACCCGGCCAACUCCCUCCACCUCCACACCUUCGAAGUCUCCUUCAUCCUGCCAGUGUGUCCCACCUUCACCAUCUGGAACAAAUCCCUGAUGAUCCUCUCGGGGCUUCCUGCCCCAGAUUUCAUCGAUUAUCCCGAACAGCAGGAGUGUAACUGCCAGCCCCAGGAGUCCCCAUACGUGUCAGGAAUGAAAGCCUGUCACUAGGCUGCCCAGGCCUGCCCGUGCCCCGUGGCAGCACUGGCCAUGCCGGUGGGUACAGCUGGCCAGAGCUGCCCACUGGCAGCUGUGCCAGAGAGCCACUGUGGCGCCUGAGCAGUCGAGCACCAUCCAUCUUACUUUAAUGGAAAAAGUGGAAGAACCUCAAACCACAGCUGGAAAUCAACUGCUGUUGGUGAGCUCCAGGGUGUGCAAGAGUGGCUGGAGCAGCUCUUUGGUGGUUGCUCCCAUCUCUCCCCAAGAAGAUUGUCACCUCGAUGGCUCUGUCUUCCCUUGGGGGGCUGGAAAGGCCAGGGCAGGUUUCAGGGUGACCUGAGGUGCCAUGGUGGUCAGGGAAUGGCUCGUGCAUACCAUGAGGCGCAGGUUGGGACGAGAGGGAUGGGCUCUGGACCCUGCUGACAGCUGGUGUAGGGACCCAGAGCACUGAGCAGCACUUUCCUGAGAGGACUUUCCGUGUGGCUGAGGCUCGGUAGCUUCCCUGGUGGGGUGGAUUAAGGCUUGGAGCCCUUGGGCUCGGUGAGCACUGGCAGUGGUUGUGUGGUGGAUGGUGGCCCUGUGGAGGGAGGGUGGUGGUCUGGGAGUGAAGAUGGCACUGAGGGUGUUCCCAGUGGCUGUCUGUGCUGCAGAUGGCAUGCUCCUGAUAAUUUUCGAGGUCCUGCAGUGGAGAGCCACGGACCCCCAGCCCACCAUCUCCUCUGAGAGCUUCCCAGUAACCGGGGAGGCCUGCAUCCUUGAGAAGCUUUGGCCCCUGGGACAGAGACUGGCAGCUGCUCCUUCCCGACACAGGGUCUGGCCAGCAGUGCCCUGCUCCACAUAGGUCUCCAUUAGUGUCCUGUCUGGUGUCCCAGCAGCAAAAACUCAACUUCCUACUCCAAGCCCACAGUAGAGUCCUGCUCAAAGACUACCUCUAUGCUCUGUGACCCAAAAUCUCAAUUUAUGACACUGAAUCUUGAUUUCUGGUAUGUUCUCCACCAUGCCAGGGGAUUGGACUGGGUGCAUUUUAAAGAUCCCUUCCAUCCCAAACUAUUCCAUGAUUCUGUGGUGGUGUGAGUGUGGAGCCAUCCGUUUGCUCUGUGGCAAAGGACUGAGUCUAUCCCAGAGUCUCAGAGUCCCUGGUUACUGGGAGCUCUUUGCCUGUCUCCAGUAUUCCCAGUAGCCAGAAGCAUCAAGUCCCCUGGCCAAGCUCCAGUCUCCAGAUUUAUUUAAGAGACCAGGAGGAGCUGGGCUGGCACACAAUUCCUGUUGCCACCAUGGGGGUCUGUGGCACAGUCUGGGGCCAGUGGGCAUGUGAGUGGCUGGGACAUUGGGGGGGCAAGGAUUUCAGGCAUUAUGGUGGCCCAAGGCAGCUGGUGCUUGGGCUUUGCUCUGUGACAUUUGAAACCCCUUUUCCUCCUCUAGAUGUGGUGCCUCAGUGGGAGUGGGGACCAGUGAGCUGCGACCACCCAGUUCUACCAGCCUCUCCCUGUGGAGUUUGCUGAUAGGGAACUACCCCUGCUUGUAUUUCCUUCUGCAACAGGGUUACCCACCUGAUCAAUCCAGGGAAACCAUGAGAUGGAAUCUUUUUGGACUUUAGCAGGAUUUAGCAAUCCCUCACGGGAUCCUUCUGGACAGCAGGAUAAACACAUGGGGUGGGUGAGCAGCUGGCUCGUGAGUCAGGCACAAAGGGUGACAUCAGGGUGGCACUAGUCACUUGUGGGGUUCUGAAGGGCUCCAUCCUCGGCCCUGUGUUCUUCAACAUCUGCAUUAACAACCUGGAUGCAGGACUGGAAGGGAUAUUAAGUCAGUUUGCUGGCAGCACUAAGCUGGGAGGAGCUGUCAACCCUCUCAAGGGCAGAGAGGCCCUGCAGAGAGACCCGGACAAAUUGGACAGAUGGGGAAUCACCAACCAUGAGAAGUUUAACAGGGGAAGGUGGUAGAUUCUGUGCCUGGGAUGGGGCAACCCUGAUGUUAUGAACUGGGGAAAGAGAGGCUGUGGAGCAGCUGUGAAAGGGCCCUGGGGUACCGGUCCAUGGCCAGUUGGAUCUCAGUCAGCCAGCAGGGAAAUCCCUGCUCUGGGGGCAUCAGGCCACCUGGGCCAGGGAGGGGAUUGUCAUGCUCUGCUCUGGGCUGAGGCAGCCUUACCUUGAGCCCUGAGGGCUGUUUUGCACGCCACAAUAUAAAAAGACAUGAAGCUAUUAGAGAGUGAACAAAGAAGGGCUGUGAGGAUGGAGAAGGGUCUGGAGGGGCCUUGUGAGGAGUGGCUGAGGUCAGUUGGUUUGUUCAGCUGGAGAAGAAGAGAGGGGAGGCCUCUUUGUCACCUUCAGCUCCUCCCAAGGGGGAGUGGAAGGGCAGGCACCCAUCUCUUCAUUCUUGUGACCGGUGACAGGACUGAAGGAAACGGCUGGAGCUGAGUCGGGGCAGGAUUAGGUUGGAUGUCAGGAAAAGGUUUUUCACUCAGGGGAUGGUCAGGCAUUGAACAGGCUCCCCAGGGAAUGGUCACGGCCCCAAGGCCGCCAGAGGUCAAGGGGCAUUUCAACAAUGCUCCCAAACACAGGGUGGGUUUGUUGGGGUAUCCUGUGAUGCUAAAACCCAGGCUCUGGGAGUGCGUGGCUUGGACAGGGCUCUUAGGGCUCAUCCCAUGGGGGCUGUGCCAGAGACAGGUUGAAUUCAUCUGGAGCCAGUUCAGAACUCAUCUGGUGAGCCCUGCCAGUGACCUGGCCAAGGAGAUGUAUGUUUGGUGAGUCUGGCGGUGGCAGCUUUGCCCAGGAGGAGAGUGUUCCCCAGCAUGCCAUCUCUCUGGGUUGUGCUUUUUGGAAAAGGGGGGUGGGCAGCACCUUGGGGAAGGAUCUGCUGCCGGCCCUACCAAGCUGAGAGGGGUUUUCCUCUGCUCCAGGCUGCUUGCCCCUGGUGCCUGAAAGGGCAAGCACAGGGAAUACACCCCUCCUUCUGACUCCUCCUGAGCAGAGGAGCAGCUCUGUUUGCUUCUUCCAGCCCCGGAGCGUAGGAGCUCAGGGAGGGUGCAGCCUGCCGUCCCCACAGCCUGGCUCAUGGCCUCGUUUCACUUUGGGAAGCUAAAUCACCCUUUAAGUUGGAUGUUUUUCGUGGGAAAACAUCUGCCGGUCCCAUGGGAUGCCAGACACUGGAGGUGGAUAUUGGCCCUGGCAGUGCCGAGGAUGGGGCCUGCGCUGCUGGGAUGGGCUCAGGGAGCAUUCAGCAUCCUCAGCUCAGAGACCAUGAGCCCUUAACAUGACAUUUGCACCUGAUGAAAUUACACUAAUUUCAUGCCAGGACCUGCUGUCUCAUACCCAGCCAGAUGGGGACUGGGGAGCCCCACACCCCGAGCAGGGGCUGGGCGUCCUUCCCAGUCACCCACAUUGUCCUCUUGUGGUGCUGAAAGCAGAGCCCAUCCAGUCGUCACCGUGAUUUGGGGAUCGGCAGCCCCGUCCCUGGGCCCUGCUGAGGACAUGGAAGGGGACCAGAGUGCUGCUGCUGGUUCCUCUGCACUCUGACACCAGCGCUCAAGUUCGGGAUGUGUGGACUCUGGCUCCCCUCAGCCUCCCCUUCCACGUGUAACAUUCCUGCUUCCAUUUUACUUGGGGGGAGGGCUGUUCUUCCUGUUGGGUUGUUCCCUUUUUGUUGGUUUUUUUGCAACUUCUUUGUUAACAUGUGUGUAUAUAUAUAUAUAUAUAUAUAUAUAUAUAAUAUAAUAUAAUAUA